CUGAGGCUCGGGUGCGGAGGGCACAGGGGAGGGGGUGGAGGGUUCUGCAUUGUUUCCCCGGGGUUUAGGGCACCCCUCCUCACUGAGUCACUUCUGCUGGUUACCUGGGGUGGGUCUUGCUGGAAAUGCCUCUCCUCCUGCCUCAGGAGAUGAGGGGUUGGGGUGGAAGAGACAAUCGUCGGAGAUUCCUGGCUUGUCCCAACACUCAAGUAUCAUAUACCCCCCUUACCGCCCACUUUGAUGGAGGACAUUGCCAAAAUUCUAGAGACACUGAAGAAUUUUAAUUCUGCCAGCCUGAAGCCCCGGCUUCCUCCCUCCUUUUAGAAAUGUUUUCUUGCCCCUUGGUUCCUGCACAUGUUCAGAUUGUUCCCUUGAGGUGGGAGGGUCAGAGGAGAGUGGGGUCAGACGGGGAAUGUGGUGUGAGGGUCAAAGGCAGGCAGGGAUGAGUCGAGAGGCUAGGGGGGUCUAUCGUUGGCUUGGAAGGAUGGAUGAUCUGUGACUUGGCGUCUCUUCUGUUCGGCUCCCACAAAGCAGGCUUGGCAGAGGAACAUCUUGGUCAUUAGACCCCAGACCAUUCUAAACUGAGCUAAAAAGAGCCAGGUGGGGUUGGGGGGUGGGAAGCAACAGGAGCAUUGGCCAGUGUCAGCCCCCUCUUCAUUUUGGAGUUUUCGAUGGACAUUUGUCCAUUCCUUACCCACUCUUGAACAGUGGCUUGGGUGAGAACGGAGUGGGGGGUUCCCACUGGAGCAUAGAUGAAGCGGGGUAUUCCAGGAUCUAUCUGACCCAGUCGGUGGUGGUGGGGGGUCAUGGGAUCUGACUUCUCCAGGAAGCCUCCAGCCCAUGUUGAAAGUAAAGCUUAACUGCCAAGUGUGGAGGAUGCAGGCAGGGAAGGGCGUGCAUGCCUGCCAGGGCAGAACACUGGUGCAGAGAUUUGGCAGUGGGGCUCUCAAGGGCCCCUGCUGGUGGGGCCUGGGGCGGGGGGAAGGACUGAAGCCACAACACUCAGACACACCGACUGGAAUUCUCUGCCCCAUGCGUUACCCACUUCGGGGACUAAGUCCAGUGGCCUUUGUGCCCGGGCUGCCGGGGUUAUACCCCUGUAUGAGACUCCUAGCAAGGAUGAGAAGGAGAAGCCGGAGGACUUGAGGGUCAAUAUUUGGGCAGAGUAGCCUGGCUCUCUGCCUUGAUCUCACUGCCUUUGGGAGCAAAGAACCCAGGAGCCCCACUGAGCGGCUGCAUCGCAGCUCAGCUCCCAAGGGGCUCUCUUCCUGUGUCCCAUAAACCCUGUUCCUCCUACACCUGCCCCGACUUUCUCCACGGGGUGUGUGUGUGUGUAAAAACUAGUGUUUUCAUCAUCCCCUAAAGACUCUGGGCAAGAACAGACAUUAAAGGGGAAGAGAAAAGAGAGAGGGUCUUGGUGUCCUGGGACUGAGAGACGCUAGACCGGCCCGUGGGGCGGGGGCGACACGCCGUUUCAAGAGCGGGUUUCCUCCCCAGGCAUCCUUGUGGUGUCCUCUGUGGUGUGUGUCCGUUGCUGAUUUUUUCUUCUGAUGACUUGAGAGUGCUUUCUGGAUAAUACCCUUCACCUGCACCCCAGCAUGGAGUGUGUGCAUUAGUUACCGGUGACAAGGGACCCCACUGGCUCUCUCCCUCCCCUCCAGAUCUAGGUAGGACUCCCAGUGCCCACGUAUUCCCUCAGGUUUGGGCUGUAAAUGUCAAGGCCUGACUAGCCACCCGGUAUUCAGAAAAAAAUGGACUCAAGGCCCAGAGAGAUCAAUGCCCACCUCAGCGUCAAAAAUAGGACCUUGCGUGGACGGCCCCCACCCCUGCUUUGUCAUGAGGGGGAUCCAGAGAUUGCUGCAGUCGGUCGAUCUAGAAAUAUAGUAGUUGUGUCUCGGUUCUAUCUAUAUAUAUCCGAGAGACUUCUCUGCUCACUAUAUAUACUCCACCAGAGUGGGUGUGUAAGUGGUGCUGGAAAGCAGGUUAUUAAAUAGCAGCCUGCCUUCCUACCCGUGCUGAUUCAAGCUGGGCCUCCUGCCCAUCCAGCUGGUCACUGGAAAUGCAGUAUCCCUAUCAAUUACAGUGAUUGGAUGUAUUACCCGGGACUGGGGGUGGAUCCUGACGGGACCAGCUCCAUAGCAGGCAUUCAGCUGUUCAGGACAAGCACGUUGGAAGUCUGUCCUGAAGGAGUUCCCCAGGAACUGUCCAGACGGUCACCACAUGGGUCGCGCCUGGUUCCUUAAGAGACCGGAAAGCUACUUCACAGAUAUCUGGUGAGCAUUCCCCGCCUGGCCCAGGGCAUGCCCCAGUUCACUUUCGCCUGUUUCUGUGGUCUUCACGGCUUCUGCAAGAUGAAGAGGAAGAAGGAAGACGUUCACAGAGAGCGGGAAACAGCGGUGUGAGCAGAACCAGGGCCUCCUUGUCAGCUCCCAGUGGCUCCAGGCCUGAGGCUGCUCACUGUUGUGGAGCUCAGUGCCUGUGCCUUCUGUCUUCAUCCAACGGGAGUCUGACUGAGGGCAUCCGCCUCUUGAGCCUUCUUAUGGCCACCCCUAUUAGCUUCCAGUCUUCUGUGCUCCUAGAGCGAGGCCUCCGCUACACAAAGGGAUUUCCAGGACCCACCACUUGCCUUCUUCACCAGACGGGGCAAGGAAUGAGGCUCCCAGGCUCGUCUCUGGGCUACGUCUCCGGGCUACAUCUCCCAUGAGGCUAAUGUGGCCUUGGGAGAGGGAAGUAGCUGUUCUUACAAACGCCUUGGAGAGUUUGAUGUUUGAGACACUACCUCCAAGCACAAGAUGGAGUCUCUGCUGGGGCCCCAAGGUCUCAGUCGCCUCCCUGCAUCCUCUUGGGCCAGCUGGGCCAGAGUUAGACAUUUGAGGGGCCAGGCAGUGGGUGACUCUUCUGGGUGACACAGGCCAGCCUUCCCUCAGUUCUGGUCCUGGAUCACCAGUUCCGUAUAGUCCUCACUUCUUUGGCAGCACAUAGAUGUGGGGAGACCUCUCCCCAGGUACUACACCCCUCAGGGACUGUCCCCCAGAUCUAGGCCGGACCACUGCCCCCAUUUUGUUCAUUCCUCCCCUGCUUAUCCUCUCCUCUCCUUGGGAAGCUGGAGAAGGUAUUACGCUGGCAUGUGGCACCUUCAGAGGACUCUUGGAUCAGGGAACCCUAGGACUUCCCUUGACUUUCCCCUCAUCUUCCCAGCGCGCUGUCAAUCUCCUGCUUCAGGGUCUUGUGUCCCGGCAUUCAUCUCUAGGACUUCAGAAAGCAUUUCCUUUCUGCCCCUUCCUCUCUCCUCCCUUCCCCUUCCUCCCUGGCCUUGGCCUUGUGCCCGGGCCUCUCAGGGGCUAGAGGGAGAGCUGGGAAUGAAGAACGAACUCUAGCAAUAGACAUCCUUUCUGUAGUAGCUUCUGGUCUGCUAGCCGGCCGCUCUCCUGAUGGGAACAGUUCAGCACAGAAAGGAGUCACAUUCCCACCACCAUCUGGGACAGAACAGAUAAACAAAGGCCUGGCCGGAGGAGGGUCCGAGAUGAAGGAAGGCCUGGACUCAGUGAGGGCCUCUGAGCAAAUAGGGAAGGGCUGUUUCUUUGGCUUUGUGCGUAAUCACCGGGAUCGAGGUUGUCUUGGGAGAGAGCCUGAGCACAGCCAAGAGGCUUCUCUAUUCUCCAUUGGCUUUUCUCACGUCUUCCUUCCCACCUGAGUCACCUACUGUCUGUUAUUUUCUGUCAUAUUCAAAGAGUCCUAAACAAACCCUUCCCUCAGGGAAACAGCAAGCCUCUGCAGAGAAGGCCAGUGGGGUCACAAGGAACAAAGCGAAGAUCCAGUUUCCUCUGAGACAGUGGAGUCCUUGGGUGAGGCAGAGAUGGCGGAAAAGUUUUUGGGGCAUACUUUGCUAUUGAAGGCAGAGAUCCCUCCCUGAGUGUUGCUAGCUGCGACCUGCCUUCCAGGCUGCAAUCAGAGAAGUCUCUCUGGAACUGGAGGAUGAAAUCAUAUCCUCAAUACUAAGAGGCGUUGGGUGUUAUGUCCCAACCACAUAGGCUCACCCAGAGGACAGGUCAGAGAAUGGAGAACUUAGGUCUGGGAAGGGUAAGAAGGGGGUGAGCUCUCUGGUGCUCACAGCCCUUGGCAGGGAGGCAGCCCCAGGGGUUGGCAGAGAGCUGGCUCAGAGCUGCUUACCCCACAAAAGUGCCCUUGGUGUGGGAGAGACAUUGGAUAUCUCGAGCCCUUACUGUGGGAACCUGGGUGGUUCAAGGUUCUUGGAGUGUACGAGCCCCGCUGCUCCCAGACAGCUGUCCUUGCUCCCUACAUCCCCGGUGAGGUGAGGUGUAGGCAUGCCGCAGAAGGCGUGGCUUGAGGAGGAGGCAGUAGCAGCGUCUAGCAAACGCACGCUUAUUAUUUUGACUGUUUUCUCGGGGAGAUGGGGAGUCUGUCCCUCGCAGCAUCUGGGAAGCAGCCGGAAACCUGUUCUCAAUUCAGCUUCUGGCUGGGCUCAGUCAAUUUUGUGUUUUCUGCUUAGUGUUUCCUUCACUCUGCCUGAGGGAAGGCCAGCCCAUGGGUCUUUUUAGACUCUACUGAGGUGGCCCUCUGCUCUCAGGGUGAGGCAGAUGUGCACACACCUUCGGUUCUUACAGCACGGUGCUCAUCUUCCCUAGGGGAUGGGCUCUGCGUUCCUCCUCUUGGGCUAUGGAACUAGUCGGGGGAAAGUGUGUGUAUAUAAAUGGCUGUUGAGGUUUUUAGAACUUGAAUGCCCUCUAAGACCCUGGCCCAGGACCCCCAAGGGCUUCUUGUCUUAGGUUCAAAAUAGUUCAUUAAAAUGUUAUUUCCAUUCUCCACUCCUAAGGGAGGUAGGCAGGCAUUUUGAAUUGUAGUAUAUGGAUCCAUAGAAAUAUAUAAAGAAAUGGUUAAUUUUUAGAUGAAAAUAAAAAGCAAUAAUUUAACUGAAAAAGAUAUAUGAGAUGCAAAGAGCCCUGAGCCAAAAGCCGGUCUCCUGGGUUCUAGCCUUGCUUGAGUACCAGUGAUCCUGUGACCUUGGAUGAGUCAGGCCUUAUUUCCGGGACUGGUUCUUCAAGGAUAGAAGGGACUGCACCGAUGUACUCUUGAGUUCAGGCUUUGUGGGGUGUCAGGUGUCCUGUGCCCCAGGGGAUGUGUUCUGAGGACAGCAUAGUGAAGAGGGCGGGUUGGAGUCACAGGCAGAUCUAAGAAGUGUUGAAGUGUGAGGGAAAGCCCCAGCCACAGCUUCUUCUAGAAUGUUCCUCCAGUGAGGGCUGGGACACCAGGCCCUGUGUAGGCCACGACUGUUACCAUCUUUGUGCUCCUACGGCACACAUACUGAAGAGAUUCAGAAGGGCCUAACAUCUGCUUGAGUUCACUUUGGGUCGCUGCCCAUGGCCCAUCUCUAAGAUGAUGGAGCCAUCCUCCCCCCCCCCGCCCGCCGCCCCUCAGGCCGGAUUUGCACAGCAGUGGGUAGGAGAGGAGGCACUGGUGCCCUUUGUGUGGGGAACAGUUUUCCCCGCUUCCCCUGGGGUUCCUCCACUGACUCCUGACCACAGAAACUGCUUCCUCUCUCCCACGGAUGAGUCCCACACCUGCCUUCCCUACCCAACAUGAAGAGCACCUUGUAUUGGAUGUAGCCAGACAUGGCUGAAACUUGGAGAUGGACCCUUGGUUCCCAGCUUCACCGGGAGAGGGAGUCCGGACCUCUGCAUUCAGUGGUCUCCUAGCUGCUGCUCUUCACUCAUCCUGAAGGUUACUGCUGUCCCUGACAGCCCCCCAAGAACGAAGAAGUAGAGUCUUCCCUAGGAAUGACCCUGCUGUAUCUUCAACACACAGGAAGAACAAUCGUAGCCAUCACCACCUGCUCCUAAAAGCUUCAAAGUACAUGUCGCUAAACGAUCCAGGACUAGGUGCCUGGCUUGUCAGAACAAACCCUCUAGUCCCCCAGGCCAGCUCUGGAGUAGUUAGUGCUCACCAUGCUGGAGUUGCAGCAUAGGCCCCUUUUCUAGAUUCCUGUGGGGUUAGAACCUCACAUGGAAAGCAGACCAUCCACAGGGAGGGUGAACUAGGAGCUGCUCAGAACAGCCUUACACCAAAGAAGACAUUUCAGUAGCAGGGGCCCUGUAACAUGGGCAGUCUGGGCUCUGGCAGAAGCACCCAGGCUCUGAAGGCCACGGCUUUUCCCAGUGGGCUUCUGGUCAGCCCCCUUCGCUGCUGGGGCGGCCUCUCUCCUCCCUCCCUUCAUUCCUGCAUUCCAUCUGAGGGGCGGGAGGGAUGCCAGCGGGGGAGAUGGCAGGACCUAGACACAUCCUCAGGACUCUCCCAGCCUCCCUUGCCAUGGCAACGCUGCUAUUUUUAUCCUGUUGUUCAUGAUGCUCAAAGCUCUGACUUUCUCUGUUCCAGAGAGCCCAGCUGCCUUCUGCCCUCACCCCUCAGCGGAGCACCUUCUCGAAGAGGCCCGAGGAGGGAAAGGAAUGUUGAGGGGAGGGGGGGCACAUUUAAGUCAUCCCUUAACCAAGGGGACCUAUUUGGUUUGCUGGCUUCAAUAACCAGUUUUGUGUUUUCUGGGAGGUCAGAACCAUGGUCAACCUGGAUGACCACCAUCCGUAUGUCUCCUCAGUGAGCCAAAACACACACUGCUGCCUCUGUUGGGGACACCCAGUGUUCCGAGGACUCUCCUGUUGGCACAAGCAAUAUAUGAAGAACUCUGCUUGGCUGGUUACAGCAGUCAGAUAACUUGAUGUUGCUGUGGAAUUUAAAUGACUUCCCUUCUGUCCCUCUACCAAAGAGCUAGGACAAAUGCAUUUGUCUAGUCAUUUUGCCCAAAGCAAGACAGCGUAUACUCCCCAGGCUAGAAAGCAGACUCCCUCUAAUUUAGCCAUAUUCCCUUCAGGAAAUCGAGGUUCCUCUUCCAUAGCCCUGCAAGGUGCUGGGGACGAAGCCCAAGGCCUCAGGACCACUAGACAAGUGUUCUCCUGCUGAGCUGUAUCUUUACCCUGUAGCGUAAUGAUGUUCUUGAAGGCAGCAUUUAGUGAGAGGUUUUCUUACCUGUUCUGCCUCUCCUCCAACGCCUCUGAUUGUCUUCCUGUGUCCCGAAUUCCACCACAGUGGCAGGGAAUCCCUGAGAAUCAUUGGUGCUAAUGGUCUCCAUCUAUAUGCUCCUAUGUCAGUCGGUGAGAUGUGAACUCAGCAUGUGGGGUGCCUGGGUUUUGGGGUACAUUCUUUGUAUGACCCCAAUACCUUGAUCCUGGAAACAGGUCCAGAUCUUAAUCCAACGGACCGCAAUCUGCGCAAUCUACAUCUUGUUAACCUCUGCUUCGGUUGAGUUGACUCCUGAACGGUUCUUUUUCCUAGGGUGACUGAGACCCAUUUACCAAGCCUCGUUGGUUUCAUUUUGGCCCUAGCUGCACGGUUUCCGACAUCUCUGCAUCUGGAGUAAGCACUUUUCUGGUUGCCACUGGAAAGCAUGCUGGCAGAUUCUGCGCCGAUAAUUGCUGUAAUAAACACACUUUAUUACG